AUGUCGGCCGAUUUGCUCACGACGCUGCUCCAGUUCCAGCCUGAUGCCCCUGAACUCAAACAGAGACGCGACUACGACCAUGCAGCCCGCGCCUUUGUCUCACAGCUCAGCAACAUUGCAGCGACACAUUGGGCGAAGGGCGCAGACACGGCGCAGGAUGUACUAUCAGUCCUCAACCCCACAGCCAACUCGAUAGCGUACGCCUUCGCCCUCCGCCACCGCAUCACCGCCAUCGCAGGGAAGAACAACGUGCCCGAUGCACUGAAGCCUGGAGGCGAACUGUGGAACAAACUGGUGGCCUUUUUGGAGUCGUUUGACCCGGUGCAGAUGCGCUAUGCAGGACAAGAGUGGAAGAAGCUGGUAGAGUUCACAGAGCAGAUUGCGCGUGCGUCAGGAUCACCCUCCCUCGCCGUCGCGCCAAUACGGUCUGCUAUGAUACAGCUCGACCCCACCACGGGCAGCUUCACGUCCACCCAUCUGAGCUUCAUAAGGCUGUGCAUGGAGACGCGAUCGUAUGCCGCUGCCGAACCUAUCCUUGAUAACUACAUCCACAGCCUGCCUUCCAAGAUCCCCAUCCAGGUCCGCGAAGGACUCGAAUACUCGGUUCCUUGUUCAGAUGUUGCAAGUAGUGCAGAAUACAUCCACCUGGUUUCGGGUCAUUCGGACAAGGUCACGCUGGCGGAUGUGCAGGAGUACUAUGUUUUGGGUGCCAUGGCUUACACCGGAUUGCGACAGUUCAAGAAGGCGCAACAGUUUCUGGAGCACGUACUCGUGGCCCCUACGAGUGGUAAUACAGCGAACGGCCUGAUGCUGGAGGCGUACAAGAAGUGGACUCUGCUGAACUGUCUUGUGAAUGAAACGGACAAGGUUGUCCCGCGAACAACAAACUCACAAGCGAUCAAGCAGGUCAAGUUGGCGGCAAAGGCAUAUGAGGCGUUGGCAGAGGCUCAUGCUCAGCUGGGCGAUCUCACAAAACUGAGGGCUCAGAUCAAGACAGGAGCUGAUGUAUGGGCAGAGGACGGCAACGCUGGUCUCGUCAAGGAAGUGUUGGACAGUCAGAUGAGAACCUACGUCUCGCGAUUGUCACGGACGUUUUCGGCAAUCCCAGUGUCGCACAUGGCCAACAACGUGGGUGGUAGCGCCGAAGAAGCGGCACAGUAUCUUGAGACUCUGAUCGCGGAAGGCUAUCUGAAUGCGCGACUGGAGCAGUCGGACAAGUCUAACGUGGGCGUCGUUCUACGUUUCUACCUCGACCCCACACAAGGACCACUGGCCAAGACGGAGAAGCAGCAACAACAAGCGCUGUUUGAGCAGACGUUGCGAACCAACAUGCUGGCCGAGCAGGUCAAGGACGCCGACUACCGGUUGUUACUGACCAAGGAGUUCAUUGACAACUUGAAGAAGCACAACAAGAGACCGGGUCAGAGUGGGGAGGCAAUGGACACGGCGUGGGAUGAUGGAAUUGACGCCGAGGAAGACAUUAUGACGGACCUGCAGUGA